CAUGACGUGUCCUCAGAGCUCAUGUGAUCAGCUGCUGUCCGCGGUGCUGAAAACCUCCAGAAAGUAUUUCUGAAGCUCAAACUCGCACAAACGAUGAUUUAUUGGUUCAUGUCUGAUUCUUCACCAUCCGCGCGCGCUCAGGGCGGGUCGUGUGACGUCACGCGCGCGAUCAUCGGUCCAGACACUCGGCGAGUCCGCGCGACCGUAACGGAUAUUUUUUACCUCAAAAGCCUCUAAAAAACCCUUUCAUUAAAGAGGAGCGGAAGGGAAUAAACAAAGAGCGGAAAUGUCUGUGGCGGGGCUGAAAAAGCAGUUUCACAAAGCGACUCAGAAAGUCAGUGAGAAGGUGGGAGGAGCUGAAGGAACCAAACUGGACGAUGAUUUCAAAGAAAUGGAAAAGAAAGUGGACACCACGAGCAGAGCGGUGCUUGACAUCAUGACCAAAACCACAGAAUACCUGCAGCCCAACCCUGCGUCCAGGGCGCGUCUGAGCAUGAUCAACACCAUGUCUAAGAUCCGCGGUCAGGAUAAGGGUCCGGGUUACCCGCAGGCUGAGACGGUGCUGGGCGACGCCAUGACGAGGUUCGGCCGCGAGCUCGGAGAAGAGUCCAGCUUCGGUUUGGCUCUGCUGGACGCCGGUGAAUCCAUGCGUGAGCUCGGUGAGGUGAAAGACGCUUUAGAUAUAAACGUCAAACAGAACUUCAUCGACCCGCUGCAGAACCUGCACGAGAAAGACCUCAAAGAGAUUCAGCACCAUCUGAAGAAGAUGGAAGGUCGUCGUCUGGACUUCGAUUAUAAGAAGAAGCGUCAGGGGAAAGUGACGGACGACGAGAUCAAGCAGGCGCUGGAGAAAUUUGACGAGUCUAAAGAGGUGGCGGAGCAGAGCAUGUUUAACCUGCUGGAGAACGACAUCGAGCAGGUCAGUCAGCUGGCGGCUCUGGUUCAGGCUCAGGUGGAGUAUCAUCAACAGGCCGCUGAGAUCCUGCAGCAGCUCUCCAGCAAGCUGGAAGACAGGAUAAAGGACAUGUCCAACAAACCGCGGAAGGAGUUCAUCCCUAAACCGCGCAUGGAGCUUCACCUGCCCAGUGAGAAUCACAACGGAGGAAUCAACUCUGCCAGAUCACCUGCGCGCUCACCAGCGCCGUUGGAUCAGCCGUGCUGUCGCGCGCUGUACGACUUCGAGCCGGAGAACGAGGGCGAGCUCGGCUUCAAAGAGGGCGACAUCAUCACUCUGACCAAUCAGAUCGACGACAACUGGUACGAGGGCAUGAUCAACGGCCAAUCAGGAUUCUUCCCCGUCAACUACGUGGACAUCCUGGUGCCUCUGCCUCACUAGGCUCCGCCCACCCCUGCUCCUGCCUAGCAGCCCAACAGCCUGUAUCGUGCAUCUGUGCUACAGCUUCACUUCCUGUUCCUGUGACUCGGAGGAUGAUGAUGAUGAAGAUUACAGACAUUGCGGAGUCACGUCUGAGUGGAGAAACAGUGCUCAGUGUGUGUGUGUGUGUGUGUGUGUGUGUGUGUUCGCGCUCCUGGACUCGUGGUGAAUCAUGAGUCUCUUUAUAUUUUUUCUCGUAUUUCAGUUUUAUUUAUUUGUAUUUUGCCUUCGCUUCACUCUUCUGAUAAACCUCACUUAGUCCAGCUCUAUCCCAGCAUGCUUUUAGGAAAGUUCUGGAUCUCGCAUCACAAACGAGGACAGAUUACGUCGCUGCUGCUGUUUGUUACACACGUUAAAUCACGGUUUUCUUCUAACUCACGUUCUGCCGGAUCCUGCCAGAAAAGAUUUUCCGUGAUUUUAUCGCCUGCUGAUGCAUUUUAGCCUAAACCUGCGCCGACACUGCAAAAACUGAUGUUCUUCCUCAGUCUUGUUUUCCAGCACAAAUAUUCAUAAAUCAAGAUACAUUUACUGGAGAAGCAAAAUAACUUUUAAAAUAGAAAUCAGUCACAAUGAAGCGAGUUUCUGCUUAAAGGACUCCUAUAAUGUACUGUAUGUCGACAGACGGGCGUCAGUGGAAGCUUGUUUCUGCCACAGAAUUAAAACAUAAAAGUAAUUAAAAGUAAUUGCGAGUUUUUAAUCAUGCAAUGACAACUUUUUUUGCAGAAUUCUGAGUUUACAUUUCGCGAUUCGUUUUUUUUUACCCCACUGAAUAAAAAAAAAAAAAAAAUUUUGACUUUUUAUCUCACGAUUAUGACCAUUUUUCACAGAAUUCUGAGUUUACAUCUCGCAAUUCGUGGGUUUUUUUUAUUUAAAAAAAGUUAUUGUGAUGUUCACUUAAAUAGUCGUAACUAUGAAAAAAAGUUAAAAUUGACAAUGUCGAAAUAAAAAUAAUAAAAAGUAAUUGCGAAUUUUUCUCACACAAUUUUGACUUUUUUUCGCACAUUUCGCUAUUAGUUUUUUUCCGCUAUGGAAUAAAAAAUGAACAAGUAAUUGACUUUUUAACCUUAAAAUUAUGGCUUUUUCAUAGAAUUCUAAGUUUGGAUCUCGCAAUUCGCUUUUUUUCCCCACAGAAUAAAAAAAUAAAAAAAUUUGACUUUUUAUCUCACAAUUAUGACUCUUUUCACAGAAUUCGGAGUUUAUAUCUUGUAAUUAUGACUUUUUUUUCACAGAGUUACGAGUUUACAUCUCGCAAUUCAUUUUUUUUUUUUUUUUCGCCGUGGAAUUAAAAAAUGUAAAAGUUAUUGUGAUGUUCAUUUAAAAAGUCGUAACUAUGACAAAAAGUUUAAAAUUGACAAUGUUGGAAUAAAAAUAUUAAAAAGUAAUUGCGAAUUUUUCUCACACAAUUUUGACUUUUUUUCGCUAUGGAAUAAAAAAUGAACAAAUAAUUGACUUUUUAAUAUUAAAAUUAUGACUUUUUCAUAGAAUUCUACGUUUGGAUCUCGCAAUUUGUUUUUUUUCCCCACAGAAUAAAAAAAAAAAAAAAAGUAGACUUUUUAUCUCACGAUUAUGACUCUUUUCACAGAAUUCGGAG